AUGGAGAGCAACUUCAAUUGUCUAUCCAGAAGUCCCUCAUUAUGCAUGUAUGUUCCAUCUGUGGAACAACAUAAAGACAAAUUCAGAAAGAGCCAAAAACAAAUCAAAGAAGUAUACUUUGCGUUAGCAAGAGCAUACACUGUUGAAGAAUUCAACAAGCAUAUGGCAGAGUUAGAAGCUAUUGAUGGUAGAGUGAAAACAUACCUGAUGGAUAUUGGAUAUGAUAAAUCGUCUCGGGCGCAUUCCAAGGCAAAUAGAACCAUGACCAUGACAUCGAAUAUUGUAGAAUCAGUAAAUGCAGCAAACAAGCAUGCAAGAGGCCUAUCAGUUGUGAAUUUGCUUGACUUUAUGACAACAUUGAUUCAGAAAUGGAAUUACACCAAUCGAAAGGAUGUCGUGGAAUCAUUUAUCAAGAUUGGUGUGAAGUAUGAAAAAAUAUUGGCAGAUAAUACUAUCUUAUCACAGACGAUGACGGUGUUGUCAUCAACUCAAUUCUUACAUUCAGUAAUUGAUGGCCAAACAAGAAAUGUGGUGCGCCUACAUGAAAAAAACUACACUUGUGGAAGGUUUCAGCUAGACGAUAUUCCAUGUCCACAUGAAAUGGCAGUUAUACAAAAAUUUCAUAUGGAUUCAUACAAGUAUUGCUCGGAUUACUACAACAUAGACUACUUGUUGAAAACAUAUGAGAUACCAGUAAAUCCUUUGCCUGAUGAAACAAUGUGGCAAAUUCCAGAACAUGUCUCUUCGCAGGUGGUACUGCUACCAAAAGGAAAAAUCAAACCAGGAAGACCUAAAAAGAAGAGAGGCAUAGGAGGCUGGGAAGAAAAUACAGUUGCAUGUGCACUAUGCGGGGAAAAAGGACACAAUCGGAGAACAUGCCGAAAUAUUCCAAGAGAGAUUGAUAUAAUGCUUCAAUAUUUUUAUAGAACUCAUAUAUCGUAG